UCGGGGCUCCGGUGGCCGAGAGCCCGGCGCUCGACUUGGCCCCAGACGCCUCCCCAGAAGCCUUCGUCAUGCGAGUGCAGCUGGAGGAGACCGGGGAGAUGUUCCAAGUGACAAACUGCCGCAGCGACAUGACGGUGCGGGAGCUCAAGGAGGAGCUGGACCUCACCGCCGGCAUCCCCUUGGACCUGCAGCGGCUCCAGUACCUGGACCAAGGAAUUUGGAUGGACGAUACUACGUUGCAGUUCCAUGAUGUUGUUCCUGGUGGAAUUAUUUCAUUAUGUGUCUGGCGCCAUGAUGGAUGGACGGAACUGGUUUUGGCAGCUGUGGAAGGGGAUCCCAGUAAGAAAAGCUAUUUUCUCUCUUCAAAACACCGACAGGAAGAACUUCCUGCCUCCCGAGCCUGCCCGAUGCUCUCCUGCCUCGGUGUCGAUGAAGGUUCUCUUUACCAAACUGCAAAUUCGCAGCGUUUGGAGCACAAGCAGCGGAAGGCCUGGAUCGCUCACAGAGCGUUCGUGGCCUUGUACGUUACCUCUCACAGAGGCCACUCGGACGCCGUGCAGUACCUUCUAGAACACGGGGCCAGCUGUCUCAGCAGAAGCCCCAUGGGCAGGACAGCCCUGCACGCGGCCGCAGCCAUGGGCCGUCUGGACUGUAUCAACCACCUGCUGAACUAUGGAGCUUCCAUCAAUGAAAAAGAUGCCAGGGGGGAGACCCCCAUGUCCCUCGCCCGGCGCCUGAACCAAAGGCACAGUGAGCAGCGCAUGUUCCUCUUCUACUGGAUGGCGAAGUCAGGGACAACAGACCCAAAGAACUUGACCGAGAACAAGGUUCUUCUCAGGGCAAAGUCUAAGUCAGGCUCCAAGAAGAGCCAAGUUUGACUCCUUCUGGGAAUGUCUGCACCUCGAGGGUGACCUGGGUAACUUUUCAGAGUUCAAAUCCGCAGUGGCCCUUGGGGAGCAGGAAGCCAAGAAAACGUGGCAAUUAAUCUGAAUCAGAUACUAAAUUAUCUGU